CUACUCCCAGGCUCCAAGCAGACUUUGUCAUCAAAACCUGCCAGACCUUUUAAGAAAACACUGCAAAGAAUUAAGUAACCUUUGUACACUUGAGAGCGUUUGGAGUACCCCUACCCUGACGCACACGGCAUUUGGUUAGCAGUAGUUAUUUUUGCUCAUGCCCCUGGUCCGGUCGACAGCAGAAGAGUUUCUCCUUUUAUCAGUUUAUGAGAUUUUACAUCGUCGCAGCACUUUGAUUGGAUAACCGUUUUGUUAUUUUCCUGUCUGAAAAUCAGCACUGAUCAACGACUCUGGACUACUGCUUGCAGUUUGAAUAUUGGCCCUAUUGUGCCUCCUAAUUUAAAAGCAGAAUGUCGUCUUUACCAGGAACAGUACCACGCAUGAUGCGACCAGCACCAGGACAGAACUAUCCCCGAACUGGAUUCCCUUUGGAAGUAUCGACUCCUCUGGGUCAAGGUCGCGUGAAUCAGCUUGGCGGCGUGUUCAUUAAUGGCAGACCUUUGCCAAAUCAUAUCCGCCAUAAGAUAGUGGAGAUGGCACACCACGGCAUUCGUCCCUGCGUGAUCUCCCGCCAGCUUCGCGUUUCCCAUGGUUGUGUAUCCAAAAUCCUCUGCCGAUAUCAAGAGACCGGCUCUAUCCGUCCUGGAGCUAUAGGGGGGAGUAAACCCAGGCAGGUGGCAACGCCGGACGUUGAAAAAAGAAUUGAGGAGUACAAGCGCGAAAAUCCUGGAAUGUUCAGUUGGGAGAUUCGGGACAAACUACUGAAGGACGGAGUAUGUGAUAGAAGUACAGUUCCCUCAGGUGAGGCCUCAUCUGUGAGUUCUAUCAGCCGAGUUCUCCGUGCCCGAUUUGGCAAGAAAGAAGAUGACGACGAUUGUGAUAAAAAAGAUGAAAGCGGUGAGAAGAAGACCAAACACAGCAUUGAUGGCAUACUCGGUGACAAAGCGGUGACUCACUGGUUCUCCGCUCUCUCAUCCCAUCCUCUUUGGGAUGCAGCAGGGGGUCGCGUGGAUGACGGCUCGGACAUAGACUCAGAACCGGACUUGCCGCUGAAGCGCAAGCAGAGGCGUAGCCGCACUACCUUCACCGCCGAACAGCUGGAGGAGCUGGAGAAGGCCUUCGAGAGGACGCACUAUCCUGACAUCUACACCCGAGAGGAGCUCGCCCAGAGGACCAAGCUGACAGAAGCCCGCGUGCAGGUGUGGUUUAGCAACCGACGAGCCAGAUGGCGCAAGCAAGCUGGAGCCAAUCAGCUUGCGGCAUUCAACCACCUGUUACCAGGAGGGUUUCCAGCAACGGGCAUGCCCACUCUGCCCACGUACCAGCUUCCUGAACCCACGUAUCCCUCUACGACACUAUCACAGGAUGGCAGUAGCACGGUGCACAGGCCGCAGCCUCUGCCCCCCUCUACUAUGCACCAGGGCGGCCUCUCUAGUGACAGUGGGUCCGCCUAUGGCCUCUCUUCCAAUCGGCACAGCUUUUCCAGCUACACUGACACCUUCAUGAGCCAGUCAGCAUCCAACAACCCCAUGAACCCCGUCAACAAUGGGCUCUCUCCACAGGUGAUGAGCAUCCUGAGUAACCCCGGCACCGUGGCCCCCCAGGCCCAGCACGACUUCUCCAUCUCGCCGUUGCACGGCGGCCUGGAGGCCACCAACACCAUCUCAGGCAGCUGCAGCCAGCGCUCGGAGCCCAUUAAGACGGCGGAGAGCCUGGCCUCCUCCCAGUCCUACUGCCCGCCCACCUACAGCACCACCAGCUACAGCGUCGACCCUGUCGCCGCAGGCUACCAGUACAGCCAGUAUGGGCAGACUGCAGUGGACUACCUGGCGAAGAACGUGAGCCUCUCCACGCAGAGGAGGAUGAAGCUCGGGGAACCGUCGGCCGUGCUGGGGCUCUUACAGGUGGAGACGGGCCAGGCCUACUGACGGCGCCGCCCGGCCGAGCUCCGUACCAGCAUUACCUGUGUCCAUCGCGCUGAACCCGUCGCUGGGGCAGAGAAAAGAGAUGCAGCUCGAAUCAUGGACAGCCUUAGACCCUCCAACUAUGGCUGAGCGAACACGAAAGCCAUGUCGCAAACAGACACUACAGUACAGACUCUCAUCUCUUCCCAUGCAUCCCCAUUCCCCCCACCCCCCUCCCCAAUCGUGACAAAGAGCUUCUUUCAGGGUUUCAGAUGGGGCUGGAUGAAGGCAAACAUCUGUUAUCUGGGCCUGGAUCAAUCAUGCCCUGACCAUAGCAGUCAAUGUUAGCAGUCCUAACCUAUGUUAGCACACAGCAGACGCAACUGCAGCCCCACCCCCAUUAUGAAAUUCUUGGACCACAUUGUUUAUAGGACUUAAAAUGAUGGUAUAAAAGUUAUAUUUGAUAUAAUGAUUGUGGUUGUUUCUAUUACCGUUGCAAUUAUUAUUGUAAUGAUGUUUUGUUUACACCUUUUAUUUGUCGUAUUUGCUUCCUCUGCAAAGUUUGGCUUUCACAGAGACGCAUGGAGAGAGGCUGAUAGCAUUCUGGGCUUCCUGCACUGCGUGUUAUUCGACCUUCACAUUUUAAUCUUAAGCCUGACAUUCCAAGAGAUCUGGGCAAGUCAGUGGGGUGUCUAGCUCAGUGGAGACCUCCAGGGAAUGAGUGGCCAAUGAGGGCUCCAAGACUUUCCAAUCCUUUCCCCUUCGUCCCCACAUGUGGCCACUGGGAAAAGCCACAACAGUGAGAAAUGAAAACAGUCUUAAAAGGGACAGAGCAGCUUGCCUCCUGACCAAAAGCAGAGAUGAGCUUUGGAGGGAGACACUCGUCAGUAUUAUUUAUGAUAAUUUUGUCUUAUGGAGUAAGACAAUAUUGACAUUCCUGAAGCAUUAAUUACAGAUUGUUACAUACAAAAGCAGUCAGUUUCAUUUAAGUAUUACCACUAUGAUCUUAAAGCACACAUUACCUUUGAAUUGCACAUAAACAUUUUACUUUUCAAGGUUAUUUCAUGGCAGUAGGAUUACUUUGAGAUUUUCUACUCUCAUUCUUAAAGGUGCUCAAUUUUUAAACAUUUACAUAAUAUCUUAUGAGCUCUUAUACAUGUUAUUCCUACAUUCCACAAAUGUCUUGCACUUUUUUUUACUGACUAGGUAUUGACAAUUCCAUCACAUGUAUACCUUCAGCAAUGAUUACCUCAAAUUAAAUGCCCUAAUCUAAUUGUUAUACUUAUUGAAGGGGCAUUGUGGGCUCAUAUUCCAAUAUUCAAACAUAUAUUUGUGCAUACGAAGAUACACUAAUGUAGUAGCACUUGCUGUUAAUUAUUUUAAUUGAUCACAGUAAAAUAUAAAGGUGUAUUGUACUUUAGAAUGUGAAUUGGUGGUUAUGAGAAAAAGUUUAAACAUUGUAGUCUGAGGAGGGAGUGAACAGAAUACAAUAGUCCUAUUUCAAAAUAAAUUUUAAAAUACUGUA